AUGAAGUUUUUCAGCACCAUCAUCCUUCUUUUCGCCGGCCUGGCCUCGGUCCAGGCCCAAAAUAGCACCGCUUCGGCCACGGCUUCCGAGACCGAAGUUGCCUCUCAGUCGGUCACCGAGACGAGCAGCUCGACAACCACCUCGGCCAGCAGCACCGCGACGCCGAACCUUCAGGACCUCUUGAACAACCUGAACGGCGGGCUCAACAACGUGGGCAACAUCAACUUCAACAACCGCAACGACGUCAUCAACGCCAUCGGCCUGCUGAUGAACCAGCUCUGCGUCGGCAACUUCUUCAACGGCAACCUGAUCGCGGGGCUGGGUUCCAACCAGCAGCUACAGCUCCUGUUCCAGCUCGACCAGCUUAACCAGCUCAACCGGCUCGGGCUGCUAAACAACUUUGACCUGCAGGGCGUCUUCAACAGGGGCUUCGGCGGCAUCAACCUUGGCGGCGGCGUCGUCAGGGGAGCCAACGGUCUCAACAGGGGUACUAUCAACUUUGCUGGCUUCAAGCGCGCAGUCGAUGAUGCCAUGGCGAAGCUCGACACAAGCCCUGAGCGCCGCAGUGUCAACGUCAAGAGGCAGCAGGUUCUGUGCAACGCCGCAGGCGUCGUCACUGGAGUUGCUGGCAGGAAUGGAGGCAGGGCUCGCCAGACGUCGUCCACUACUACCAGUGCAACUACCACUACCACUGCGGCACAAGCAACAGCGACGACUGAAGCAGAGGCGGAUGAUGAGGAGGAGUAGAGGGAAGUAUCCCUCUGGAGUAAAAACCACAAAGAUGCCGAGUUCCGGGGUCCGGCGUCACCAAAACCCCCGCUGGCUUUCUUUUCUACUGUGCUGUAUGCAUAUGGAGCACAAUUAUUAGUUGCGCAAAUAUGAUAUAGUAUUUUUUCUUCACUAUGUACUUGCAUGUUUUGGUGUGACUAGCGUUGGACGGGUGUAUUCUUUUUGUCUUGGGAAACAUUCGAGCUGGG